GUCACUGUCCCUUCAGCCAGGCUGUGGAGCGGACCGACGCGCCUGGUGCCCCGGGGAGGGGCGCCACCAGGAGAGGAGGAGGAGGAGAGGAAGAGACGCCCUCUCUGCCGGAGACCUCUUGAGACUCUGACCUCAGGGGCUAGGGAACUGACAUGAAAGGAUAGCCAAGUUCCUCCGCUUGGGCUGCUUGAAGAAGCCGCGACCCUGGAGAGCCCUGAGCCCACCGCACCAGGGACCCCAGCACCACCUCGGGGGCCUAAAGCGACAGUCUCAGGGACCACUGCAAGGUUUCCAGUUGCCUAGACGACGAGCCCCGGGUCAGAGCAACAACCCUUCCAGCCACCUGCUUCGACUGCUGCCUCAGGCACCAGUCCCAGCCUCCUGCUUGUCAGCUGAGGUGACAUGCCGGUGCUUUCCACCCCCCGGACCUCACGGGUGACCACGCUGAAGCGCACAGCGGUGGUCCUGGCUCUCACCGCCUAUGGGGUCCACAAAAUCUACCCCCUGGUGCGGCAGUGCCUGGCUCCGGCCAGGGGCCUUCAGGUGCCAACCAGGGAUCCCACGCAAGAGGUCUCCGGGGCCACAGUGGCUAAGGCCGGCAUGAACCGGGUAUUCCUGCAGCGACUCUUGUGGCUCCUGCGGCUGCUGUUCCCCCGGGUGCUGUGCAGGGAGACGGGGCUGCUAGCACUGCACUCGGCCGCCCUGGUGAGCAGGACUUUCCUGUCAGUAUAUGUGGCCCGCCUGGACGGAAGGCUGGCCCGCUGCAUCGUGCGCAAGGACCCACGGGCCUUCGGCUGGCAGCUGCUGCAGUGGCUCCUCAUCGCUCUCCCUGCCACUUUCAUCAACAGUGCCAUCCGCUACCUGGAGGGCCAGCUGGCCCUGUCUUUCCGCAGCCGUCUGGUGGCCCAUGCCUACAGCCUCUACUUCUCCCAGCAGACCUACUACCGAGUCAGCAACAUGGAUGGCCGGCUUCGCAACCCUGACCAGUCUCUGACAGAGGAUGUGGUGGCCUUUGCUGCCUCUGUGGCCCACCUGUACUCCAACCUGACCAAGCCACUCCUAGACGUGGCUGUGACCUCCUACACCCUGCUUCGAGCCGCCCGAUCACACGGGGCCGGCACAGCCUGGCCCUCGGCUAUUGCUGGCCUCGUGGUAUUCCUCACAGCCAACGUGCUACGGGCCUUCUCACCCAAGUUUGGGGAGCUGGUGGCAGAGGAGGCACGGCGGAAGGGGGAGCUGCGCUACAUGCACUCUCGUGUGGUGUCCAACUCGGAGGAGAUCGCUUUCUAUGGGGGCCACGAGGUGGAGCUGGCCCUGCUGCAGCACUCCUACCAGGACCUGGCCUCACAGAUCAACCUCAUCCUUCUGGAACGCCUGUGGUACGUCAUGCUGGAGCAAUUCCUCAUGAAGUAUGUGUGGAGCGCCUCAGGCCUGCUCAUGGUGGCUGUCCCCAUCAUCACUGCCACCGGCUACUCAGAGUCAGACCCAGAGGCCAUGAAGAAGGCAGCCUUGGAGAAGAGGGGGGAGGAGCUGGUGAGCGAGCGCACGGAAGCCUUCACCAUUGCCCGCAACCUCCUCACAGCGGCCGCAGAUGCCAUUGAGCGCAUCAUGUCAUCAUACAAGGAGGUGACAGAGCUGGCUGGCUACACAGCCCGAGUUCACGAGAUGUUCCAGGUAUUUGAGGAUGUCCAGCACUGUCAUUUUAAGAGGCCUGGGGAGCUGGAGGAUGCUCAGGCAGGGUCUGGGGCCAUGGUACAGUCUGGUGUCCACGUGGAAGGGCCCCUGAAGAUACUAGGCCAGGUGGUGGACGUGGAGCAAGGGAUUAUCUGUGAGAACAUCCCCAUCAUCACGCCCACGGGAGAGGUGGUGGUGGCCAGCCUCAACAUCAGGGUGGAAGAGGGCAUGCACCUGCUCAUCACAGGCCCCAACGGCUGCGGCAAGAGCUCUCUGUUCCGCAUCCUCGGCGGGCUCUGGCCCACGUAUGGGGGUGUGCUCUACAAGCCCCCACCCCAGCGCAUGUUCUACAUCCCUCAGAGGCCCUACAUGACCGUGGGCUCCCUGCGCAACCAGGUGAUCUACCCAGACUCAGUGGAGGACAUGCGAAGGAAGGGCUAUUCGGAGCAGCACCUGGAAGCCAUCCUGGACAUCGUGCACCUGCACCACAUCCUACAGCGGGAAGGAGGUUGGGAGGCUGUGCGUGACUGGAAGGACGUCCUCUCGGGGGGCGAGAAGCAGAGAAUUGGCAUGGCCCGCAUGUUCUACCACAGGCCCAAAUAUGCCCUCUUGGAUGAAUGUACCAGCGCCGUGAGCAUCGACGUGGAAGGCAAGAUCUUCCAGGCAGCCAAGGAUGCUGGCAUUGCCCUGCUUUCCAUCACCCACCGGCCCUCCCUGUGGAAGUACCACACACACUUGCUACAGUUCGACGGGGAGGGCGGCUGGAAAUUCGAGAAGCUGGACUCGGCCACCCGCCUGAGCCUGACUGAGGAGAAGCAGCGGCUGGAACAGCAGCUGGCAGGCAUUCCCAAGAUGCAGCAGCGCCUCCAGGAGCUCUGCCAGAUCCUGGGCGAGGCUGUGGCCCCGGGGCAGCCACCAGCACCUAGCUGUGAAGGCCCAGGUAGCGGCCUCCAGGGUGCCUCCACCUGACAGGGCCCCUUGCCCCAAGGCCCUCACCCCUCCCAAGCUCUCGGAACAUAUGAAGGAAACACCCACCCUGACCGCCCCUGCAUGGCCUGCCCUCCUCCCGGGCCUUCUGCCUCCCGCCCCACACCUGCCCGAACCCUGGGGGCUGUUCCACAGUAACUGUGCCCUGUUCGGGGCAGCGAGUCCUUUACUUUUUGUGGGGAAGGAGCUUGGGGCUCAGGAUGGCCCCCACACUGACCACACACCAGUGCAACUGAGCGGAGAGCAGGGACUCCCCCAGGCUGCUGCUCACCACUGCCAGCCAGAGUCUGUGCCAAACCACCUCCCUCAUAAGACUCAAGUCCCCAUUUUACCCUCCUCUUCAGUCCCUUGAAGACCAUAUAGCCCAUCCCCUCAGGGUGGCCAGCUGAGACUCCCAUCCCACGGGACACCCUUCCUGCCGUAACAGCGGCCAGAUGGGCCACCCAGUGAGACGGAGCCCCUUGUCUGCAUCCUCUUCUCCCCACCAGUAGUUUCAGAAGAGCCCUCAUGAGAAAGCACUGCAUGGUGUCGCCUACCGAGCGGUGAUGAGAACGCAGCCCUAGCCCUCUCCCUUUCUGCAGCCUAAUUUAUUGGAUUCCUGUUUGUAGCCACCUCGGCUGCCAAUGUGAGUACCUGCCAGCAGGGGAGGCAGCCCAGCCUCUAAGUCCGUGGGCCCUGGCUGCCACUGGUGCCAAACCCAGUCCCUGGGCAGCUGUCGCCCACCAGCCUACACUGCCAGCCACCACUGGGAGGCACAGGCCUCUGCUUGCCGGCCAGGAGCAAGGGCACCACGUUCCCAGCUCAGUGCCAAAGAGGGGUCAGCCGGGUAGCUGUCUCUGCAGAGCCAGUCCUCACUCAGGAGGGAGACCCCACUGCCGCCGUGUGCCUUUUCUGGGCCCUCAGACCCUCAG